UCUUCCACACUCUCUCUCCCACUCUCUCCCUCUCUCUCUCCACUCUCUCCACUCUCUCUGAUUGGUCAGCGCCCACCGUGUGGAUGUCUUCUGCUCGAUGACGCUGCGCAACUAACGGCCGCUGCAGCAUCAGCAGCAUCACCAUCAUCAUCAGCAGCAGCAUCAGCAGCAUCAUCAGCAGCAUCAUCAGCAUCAGCAUCAGAAGCAUCAUCAUCAGCAGCAGCAUCAGCAGCAGCAGCAUCAGCACGAGACAGACGUCCCGGCCGCCGUCCACCAUGAGGCAGCUCCCCCUGCUCCUGCCCCUCCUGCCCCUCCUGCUCCCCCUGCUCCUCCUGCCUCUGCUGCUCCUGCACGCGCCCGGCGUCGAGGCGAAGCCGGAGACGCGCGCCAUGGGCCCCUCGGCGGCCCGGCCGCGACCGGGGACGGGAGUCGAGCCGCUCAACUCCACCGCCGCUGGCGGGGUCGAGGAGGAGGUGGCCGACGACAAACCCCGCAGGAGGAAGGGGAAGAAGGCGGCUAAGAAGAGCCUCGCGCACUGCCCCUUCCAAGCCAGCCCCAAGGAGCUCGCUAAGUUCGCCUCGGGCAACUCCACAAGCAACAUCCUCAAUCGCAUCCUCUCGCGAUACGACCCUCGCAUCCGCCCCAACUUCAAGAAGUCCCCGGUGAGCGUCAACCUCAACAUCUUCGUCAACAGCUUCGGCUCGGUGCAGGAGACCACCAUGGACUACCGGGUCAACAUCUUCAUCCGCCAGAAGUGGAACGACCCGCGCCUGCGGCUGCCCGCCGACUUCCAGGGCUCGGAGGCGCUGACGGUGGACCCCACCAUGUCGCGCUGCCUCUGGAGGCCCGACCUCUUCUUCGCCAACGAGAAGACGGCCAACUUCCACUCGGUCACCAAGGACAACACCCUCCUCUUCAUCUACCGCAACGGCGACGUGCUGCUCAGCAUGAGACUCUCCAUCACGCUGUCCUGUCCCAUGGACCUGACGCUUUUCCCCAUGGACACGCAGAUGUGCAAGAUGCAGCUGGAGAGCUUCGGCUUCACGACGGAGGACCUCCGCUUCAACUGGGCCCCGGGCGACCCGGUGCAGAUGGACGAGAUGUCGCUGCCGCAGUUCGACAUCAGCAACGACGACAUCCGCUACGGGAACUGCACCAAGUUCUACCCGGGAACCGGCUACUACACGUGUGUGGAGGUGAUCUUCACGCUACGCAGGCAAGUGGGGUUCUACAUCAUGGGGGUCUACGCCCCCACGCUGCUCACCGUGGUGCUGUCCUGGCUCUCGUUCUGGAUCAACCCAGAGGCGAGCGCGGCACGCGUACCCCUGGGCAUCUUGUCGGUGCUGUCGCUGGCGUCGCAGGCGAUGUCGCUGGCUGCCGAGCUCCCCAAGGUGUCCUACGUGAAGGCGCUGGACAUUUGGCUCAUUGCCUGCCUCGUCUUUGGGUUUGCCUCCCUUGUCGAGUUCGCCAUCGUGCAGGUGUUUGUGAACAGCCCCAAGCGCGUGGCCGCCGAGAAGAUCCGCAAGGAGCGGCUGGCCAAGAUCAAGAAGGAACAGAUGGAGGCGCUGGGCCCUCGGCCCACACACGGAGGGGGAGGAGGGGGGGGCGCCCCCCCCCCCCAGCUCGUCGGCGCCCGCCCCCCCGGGCGGUGCCACGGGACCACCGGGGCCCCCCGCGAUUUGCGGGGGGCCCAGCGGGGCCACGGAGGAGCGGGUUUGGUCGGUGUCCACGCGGAGGCUGCGGGGAGGUCCGGCCAACGGGACCCCCACAGCCGACGGGAACUCCGCUCGGGUCAGAGGGAGCAGUGGCAUAUACACUACACUGUACACUACACUGUACACUACACUGCACACCACACUGUAGCCGCCGCCCGCCGCGCCUUCCCGUCGCGCUCCGACCUCCGCGCCCACGACUUCAGCAUCGUGGGCAGCCUCCCGCGGGACUUCGACCUCACCAACUACGACUGCUACGGCAAGCCCGUGGGGGGCGCCCUGGGCCCCGCCGGCGCGGGGGCCGGCGGCAACGCCGCCGCCGGGGGCGCCCCCAAGAAGCCGCCCCCAGCCAAGCCGAUCAUCCCGUCGGAGGCGAAACGCGUGGACCACUACGCGCGGGCUCUCUUCCCGCUCUCGUUCCUCUUCUUCAACGUAGUUUACUGGUCUGUCUACCUGUAGAGAGGGGUGUGGGGGUGUGGGG